AAUGUUCAGUCAUGUCACGGGACGACCGUAUCGCCAUCGCUACCAAACAACGAGCAAGCAUGGCCGCUGUUUUUGCUAGCAGCGUCGUCCGACUAUUUCGAUCUACUCAAAAUCUCACCGCACAGGGACGAGUUCUCCAGAGGUUUUACAGCGUCGAGCUUCCAAUAACGUCGCAGAAUGAACAAGCACCUGCCAGUACGGAGCUCACUGUGCCAUCACGGCCUUCCCUCCCAAUCAUCACUUCUCGGGACCUGGCCUACCCAUCGAAGUUUACCAAGAAUCGUGAGGCCUGGGUAGAGAACUUAGACACUGUCGAAUCAGAAAAGCUCGGAAUGGUGCCCCUCAACCCUCUUGUAUUUGGUGCAUUUCCCAGGAUUGAUCUUUUGCAUUGGAACGUUCACUGGCAAAUGAACUACAAGCGAGUGGACUGGGCAACAACAAAAUCACGGGCAGAGGUUCGUGGUGGAGGUCGUAAACCCUGGCCUCAGAAGGGACUGGGCAAAGCACGACAUGGCAGUAUUCGGUCACCUCUUUGGAAAGGAGGUGGUGUUGCCAAAGGUCCUCGAGGCCCAAAAACCUAUUUUUUCAUGCUGCCGUUCUUCUCCAGGGUCAAGGGGCUUAUAACGGCAUUGUCAACCAAGUUUGCUCAGGAUGACCUCAAGAUUGUUGAUUCCCUAGACCUGCCUUCGGAUGACCCAAAGUUCCUAGAGGAACUCGUAGAUGAGAGGAUAUGGGGACCUUCCGUACUUUUUGUCGACGACACGGACUAUGUGCCCAAGAAUAUUGCAUUGGCUUGUGACGAAAUCAAGCACAUGAAUAUUAUGCCAGUAUAUGGAUUGAAUGUCUACAGCAUGCUAAAGCACGACACGCUGGUGAUCACACUAUCUGCUUUGGAGAAGAUUGAAGAGAGAUUACUUUUCCAUCUGAACAGAACAGACGUAAGGGAAGCCAUGUCCAGACUAAGAAAACCUCGUCUUUGACUCCUAUGUCUGCAUGGAGGUGGACCCAGAGGGAGAUGGAGAAGUUUGCAAGAGAAUUUGUAGGAGGCUGUGUGAGACACUUGUACAUAGAAUGCAGUUGUGUCUUAAUAGAAAUAAAGAUUAUUCAUGAUUUUUUGUGA